GGCCGGCGGCGCAGUAUUUCUCUGAUAAAUGCUUGGAAAGUCUCCUGCAACACUAUUCACAAAGCCGAAUCGUAGACAACACGAAGGGCUUUAUCAUCUUUCACUUGUUGAAGAUUGCUUUCCAGUCAACGAAAUUAACAUGAAUACCGAUAACAUAAAACCUGAGGUGAAACCACCAGAAAAAAAGAUAUCUCCAAAGAAAAAUCCGCAGAAGAAUAAUAAAAUUUUCCGUGUGCUGAAUAAGUACACGGAUAAUUUCCCAACUUUCCAAAUGCCUAAAGUAACUGGAUAUUGGAGUAUCGAUGGAACCAGAACUCAACACCACGACUCGUCUCAACUGCGGUAUUACAUUCCGUGCAAUGGAGAUAGUGUAAAUAUAGACUUGAAUGAGGGACUCGAACAAGUCGUCAGAAGACCGGACAGUUUGGAUCACGAAAAGAUAGACCACCUGUUGAGGUGGAUUGAAAAGAACUAUCAAAGGAUUUUAGCCCAUCCUGACAGCCCUAGAUGGUUGCAGCCGUAUUUUAUUUGCUUUCGCGGCACAUUGAGAAAGAUUCUGAAAUCACCUUACAACAGAUUGGGGUGGAAAAUUUGUGCAGCUAAAUGGAAAGGUAGUAUUUACUUGUUUCAUUACGAAACUGAAUAUGAUAAAGAGAAAACCAUAAAGGAGAAAAAAAGAAAUCAUGAGUCGUCGUACUGGGGCGGAAAAUUCAGGCAAUAUAUGCUGUCGGAUUCUCCGAAUAAGCCUCCAGAUGUGUCAAAGCCGGUGAAUGAAUGUGAGAGAUUCUUUUGUGUAUUUAAAGGUCGUCUCAAUGACCACAGUUUGUUGUACAGAGCAGAAAUAGAUGCGGUCUGUUCUGACAGAAAAUUCAAGGAUCCACUGCCCCUCAGACAUUUGAAAUUCAUGAAAAUAAGGACUGGCAAACUUUCCGAAAGUCCCGAACAAGAAUUAGCGAGAAAAAAGUUGAGAUCCUUGGACUUGUGGAGUCAGAUGUAUCUUAGUGGGGUCAAUGAAGUCGUGUAUGGUUUGAGAGAAGACUCUGAUGGAAUUGUCCGCCGUAUGGUGAAGGAGUCAGUUUCUGAGCUGAUAGAAAAAUCGAAGGAAUUCUGGAAGCCGGAGAUCUGUAUGAAAUUUUGCGACGAGUUUCUGAAAUUUAUACAUCGCACUGUCAGGAAAAAUUGUGACAAGACUAUUUACCAGUUUGAGCGAACACCGUUCCGAGAUAUCCUUGUGACUGAGCUGCCACCAACGUCGGAGUACGCUUUUAUUCCUGAUUGGUACCAAUUGUUACCAAAGGAAUGAACGAACAGUCACAGAAAAGAAUUCCGGAAUUCCAGAACCAAGUUACUGAUUUCAAGAAGCUCAUGGUUUCAGAAAGAAUUGUAUUGACAGCAUGAAAUGCUUGCUCAUUUUUAAAAGAUGAAUAUCUGAAAUUCGGUACCAAGUCGAACUCUUUUUUCCUCUAUGAACUGGGUGAUUGAUCCCGUAUUGCUUCCGAAUGGAAGCAUUGAAAUCGUUCAGUUUUUAAAUUCUCUAAUUUCUCUAAUUUUAAUAUGAAAUUUGAUGACCAUGUGUGUAUGCGCGAGUGUCCUGCUGAUCAACUUUUAGAAAAUGAAAGGAAUAGAGGACUAAAAUAAUUCCAAAAAAUCUAUAAUUUUGUCAGAUUAUAGGUAUCAAUGAGGAUUAACUCUGUGCUCUUUUCCAGACCAAUCGAUCAAGCCGUUUGUAAGAAACCGCAAUUUUUUUAAAAAUCGUUUUUCGCAAAUAUCUCGAAAACUACUGAACCGAUUUCAAUUUUUUUUAAUAUUUGCCUUGGUGCCUUCUAUCUCAAUGAAUUAAAAUACAUAUACAUACAAAAUGCGUGUACGCACUCUCAUUUGUGAAGAGGUUGAUAUAUCAACUUGUUUGAUCAUUGUUUUUAUACAUUUAUAAAUAAUACUAUCUGCAAUGGAAAGGCAAGAUUUUACGAAUUUCAUUUGAAUGACUCACAAAGCCUUGAGCAAAUUUUAUUCACAUUAACGCAUACAUUAAGAAUAAUUUAAAAAUAUAUAAGAAGGAUGCAGGGUGUCAUGACACAUGCAGAUAUUGUAAAAUUUACUCCUUUGAUUUUUUCAGAGAGUUGAUAAUUUUUUUCUCUCAAUUUUUAGUUGAUACUCUCUCCCUCUGA